AUGGUCAUUGGGUACAGAAAGCUCUCCCUGUACUUAGCACUAAUUCAGAGAAAAGCAAGGAAAGCGGCUGUCACGGUUUGUCCCCCCAGAGACCCUUCACAGGGUCACUUCAAUGCUAUGUGGCGGAGGAAGAUGUGGAAGGUUGGCAUCAAUUACCAGCCCCCCACCGUGGUGCCCGGGGGUGACCUCGCCCCAGUGCAGCGCGCCGUCUGCAUGCUCAGCAACACCACAGCCAUUGUCGAGGCCUGGUGUCGCCUCAACCACAAGUUUGACCUGAUGUUUGCCAAGCGGGCGUUUGUGCACUGGUACGUGGGCGAGGGCAUGGAGGAAGCGGACUUCUUCGAGGCCCGCGAAAACCUUGCUGCCCUGGAGAAAGAUUAUGAAGAUGUGGCCGCGGACUAUGUGGAAGAGGAGGAUGGGAGCGAGGACUACUAGGUGGCCUUGGCACUCAGUGCCUGAUCUUUCACGCCCCAGUUUUGUCCCUUCUUCCAUGUUUCCACAGUCCCCUGAGAACACACGUGUGUCACAAAUACUGUGGCAUUCUGUCCAGGCGCUGGCCUUCUCAGCCCCUGUGCAGUCGUCCUCAGUGGGGCGGACUGGCCUCGGGGACCCGGCGGCCUCAGGGACCCAGUGGCCUAGGGGACCCGGCGGCAGGGUCUGAGGCCUGGGGCCAUAUCCGCCUGUGAGCCCACACCUAACGCCUGUGCUGUGCUGUGCUGUGCUGUGGUCACUUCCUGUGGGGCCCCGCGGGCCCCCUGUGCCCAGCCCACCCCAAGGAAGGCUAAACCUGCUACAGGGGCCCUGACGGUUCUCUGCCCCAGCAUUUGGGGGCAGAAACUGCUCCUUUCCAACGUCUGCAGGAAAUGAAGCCGCGGUACCCUGGUCUCUCUCCUCUGGCCAUCGGAGGGCAGUAGAGGCUGAGCCUCAGUCCAGCCUGCAGCAGCCAUCUUACAGGUCGGGGCUCUGCCCGAUGCCUGCUGAAGGGGUAGUGGCCAGGAGACAGGGCCCCUAAAAACAGGCAGCCUUACAUGCGGGCUUAUCCACCGUGUGGGAAAUAUUUAAAGUGCCUACGUGCCCUUUGGGCAAGAAAAUGUGUACCUUUAUUCUCCAAGGAGUCCCUAAUGAGGAAAUUGGAACCGCUCAUCUUGGGACCAGCGAAUGGGGGCGAAUGUGGUCUUUGGACGUCAGUGCAGGGGUGAAGCGCUGGCCAGAGACCCCUUCCAGCACAGCCGGACAUAAGGCGCUUUCUCUUUAAUAAUGACGUGGCAGGUGUCCUGUGCCAGGAAGCGGGCGACCUGAGCUCUGAAAAGGUGGGGAAUCUGCAGGGACUGGCUGUGCUCCUGUCGGGGUGACCGCCAGAAGGGUCCCCACCCCGUACUCUGGCCUGGAUGUACCACUGAGAUUUGGACACUCAUUCUAGCGUGUGAUUCAGGACACGGAUCUGCUUUUUCCUCUUCCCGAGAUCCAGUGAGUCUUGAGGCUCCCUCAGAAUGUCACCUGUGGCCUUGCUUUGGUUCCAGAGACUGAUUGCUAGCAGCACUCUGGAGACUGAGUCCUUCCAUCUGCAAGCCCUGCCUGAUACCGUGAGGAGUUGGCGGAUAGGAUGGGGCCCCGAGCCAGAGCCACAGACUUCACCCCGAGUGUAGAGGAGCACGUGUCGGAGAGGGGUCGUGGCCCUGUGUGAUUGGCCUUCCCAGGUGGUGUGUCUCUGUCCAUUUUCCUUUUUCAGUUUUUAUUUUUUGUGGUCCUCAGGAUUGAACCUCAGGCUUUUGCCCUGAGCAACAUCCCCAGUCUUUUCUGUUUUUAUUUUGAGACCUUUUGAUAAUUUGCCUGGGCUGGCCUUGAACUUGUGGUCAUCCUGCCUUAGCCUCCCACAUUUUGGGAUUACACGUACCACUGUGCCUAUUUUUUCCAUUUUUCCAUCUUCCCCGUGACUAUAGUUCUGAGUAUAGAAGCCUGACAAUCUCCUACCUGGCUUUUAUUCCAUUUUCUCUCAGUCUUUAUAGUCCCUCAAAGACAAGAUUGUUUUCAUUUGUCUUGAUUCUCCAAUAGUCCAGCCCUUACACUGGUGCUUAUUUUCCUCAUUUCUGCCCCACCCACCCCACCUUUGUUCUUAGCAACAUAGGUCUCCCCUACUUACAUUUUAGGAUCUCCUUACCUCUCUGUCUCUCCCUCCCUCCCCUCCUGAUGGACCAGCUCCUGCUUCCUCUCCUACUUGAAGGGCUGGGACUAGAUGAGGAAUGAGGUAGAGAAGGAAAGAACAGAGGUUAGACAGACCUGCCCUAGGAAGGUGCCUAUUAAAUGACACGGAUCUGUUCAAAUGCUCAGCCAGUGUCUAAACCCAGAGCCCGGAGAGUUGAUGUUUCUUUCCUUCUUUCCCCUGCUUUUACUCACUUGAGCAUGUGGAUUUAUAUCUACUGCACCCCCACAACUAUAGCAUAAUCAGCACUGAAAAUCACAGGCCAAAAAUGCCAGCCCCAGUCGGCCUAUCAUUGCUUUACCUGCCUUACAGAGUAGCUACCACGGAGCAAGAGAAUACUGAUGGGUGCGAGGCAAGGAUAGGCUGCCCUGGCUGGUAUUUUUUGCUGUUUGUUUUUUGAGACAGGAUCUCCCAACGUAGUGCAGG